AUGCCGGAUAAGGUCGAUAGACGAGAUUCGGCGGCCCCAGGUGGAGCAGGACAGGCAGACGCGCAGCCGUCCGUUAAGGAGCUGCCGGCUGGAGAUGGGCUGAAAGGACCCCCCUCCCCCCGCGACACGGAGGACGAGGUGGAGUCUCACGGAAAGACGGAGCGGGCGGCCAGCGUGUCGGGCACCGGCAAAGUGAAGAAGAUCUCGUAUUUUCAGCUGUACCGAUACGCCGAUCGCACGGACAAGCUCCUCAUCCUGGGGGGCAUUGUGGGCGCAGGACUGAAUGGCGCUGGCAUGCCUGUCUUUUCCAUCGUCUUUGGGAACCUGAUCAACAGCUUCGGUCUAAAUGUGCUGGACCCCGAUGUGCUUAAAGACCAGGUCAAUACCAUCGUCCCCCAGUUCAUCUACAUCGGCAUCGCCUGCUUCGUGGGCUCCUGCGCCCAGAUGUUCUGCUGGACCUACACCGCGGUGCGGCAGACCAACCGCAUCCGCAUGCGCUACCUCCAGUCGGUGCUCCUGCAGGACGUGGGCUACUUCGAGUCGGAGACCAGCCCCGGCGCGCUGAUGCAGGGCCUGAACGAGGACUGCAUCACCAUCCAGUCCGCCAUCGGCGACCGCAUGGGGCGCACGCUGUUCAACCUCUUCACCGCCAUCAUCGGCAUCAUCGUGGCCUUCACCCGCGGCUGGAGCAUGACCCUGGUCAUGCUGGCCGUCACCCCGCUGCUCAUGAUCGCCGGGUUCCUCAUCGCCACGCUGGUCGCGCGCCUGACCUCGCGCAUGAACCAGGCCUACGCCGGGGCCAACACGCUGGCCACCCAGACGCUGAGCAACGUGCGCACAGUGUACGCCUUCAACGGCGAGCAGCGCUCGCUGAAGGGGUACGAGGCCUCGCUGGAGGAUCCGGUGCGCGUGGGAAUCAAGCAGGGCGCCUUUGCGGGCAUGAUCGUUGGGUUCACCAACCUGGUGGCCUUUGGAGCCUACGCGCUGGCCCUCUGGUACGGCUCCACCCGGAUCCUGGCGGGGGAGUACACGGGCGGCCAGGUCCUGAACGUCCUCUUCGCGGCCCUGAUCGGAGGUUUUGCCCUGGGCCAGGCCGCGCCCAACCUGCAGUACUUCCAGCAGGGCGCGACCUCGGGCGCGCGCGUGUAUGCCGUGAUGGAGAGGGAGCCUCUCAUCAACCUGGACGCGCCUGGUGAGGAGCUGAAGGAGGUGUCUGGUGCGCUGUCGAUCGUGGACGUGGACUUCAACUACCCCGCCCGCCCCGACGUCCCCGUGCUGCACGGCUUCAGCCUGGAGAUCGCGGCGGGGGCCACCGUGGCGCUGGUGGGCGAGUCCGGGUCCGGCAAGUCCACGGUCAUCGCGCUGCUGGAGCGCUUCUACGACCCCACCGCCGGCGCGGUGCUGCUGGACGGCGUGGACCUGCGCUCGCUGCAGCUGCGCUGGCUGCGGCGCCAGCUGUCGCUGGUGUCGCAGGAGCCGAUGCUGUUCGCCACCAGCAUCCGCGACAACAUCGCGCUGGGGCGGGCAGGGGCCACGGACGCGGAGGUGGAGGCCGCCGCGCGCGCGGCCAACGCCCACGGCUUCAUCUCCGCGCUGCCCUCCGGCUACGCCACGCACGUGGGCGAGCGCGGCGUGCAGAUGAGCGGCGGGCAGAAGCAGCGCAUCGCCAUCGCGCGCGCCAUCCUGAAGGCGCCCAAGGUCCUGCUCCUGGACGAGGCCACGUCGGCGCUGGACGCGCGCAGCGAGUAUGUGGUGCAGCGCGCGCUGGACGCACUCAUGCGCGCCUGCACCACCGUGGUGGUGGCGCACCGCCUGUCCACCGUGGUGGGCGCCGACGUGAUCGCGGUCGUGGGCGGCGGGCGCGUGGUGGAGGCCGGGACGCACGCCGGCCUGCUGGCCGCGGGCGGGGCCUACGCGACCUUGGUGGGCAUGCAGCGGGCCAGCCGUCGCGACGAAGCGGCGGUGAGGGCGUACGAGGCCGAGGAGGACGAGGAGGACGACGACGACAGCGGGGAGGGCGUGGCCGAGCUGGGCAUGGCCGGGUCGGGGCGCGCGGCCUCCGGCGGCCUGGUGCCUGCCGACUUUGGCGCGCCGCGGCGCGUCGCCUCGCGGACCACCUCGCGCACGCUGUCGCAGCCCGGUUCGCCGGUCGGCGCGCGCAUGGACAGUCUGGUGGGCGCCGCCGACCCGGCGGUCAUGGCCCCAUCCAAGGCCCUGACCCCAGGCAUGACGGGGACGGCGGCCAUCGGCGGCUGGGCCCGCUUCUGGAAGGGCGUGGGGGCCACCAAGGGUGGGAAGGGCGGCGCGCCAUGCGUCCCGCGCCCGCACCAGCGCCCCGACGAGGCCAAGCCCAAGGCGGUGUCGAUCGGGCGCAUCGCGCGCCUGAACAAGCCGGAGCUGCCCGCGCUCUUCUUCGGCCUGAUCGGGUCGGGGGCGCUGGGCUUCAUGAUGCCCGCCUUCUCCAUCGCCUUUUCGUCCCUCAUCUCCCUCUUCUACACCGUCGACCCGGAGGAGCUCAAGGCCGGGACCCGGAAGUGGUGCCUGGUCUUCCUGGGCAUCGGCUUGGGCGCCAUGCUCUUCUCCAUCAUCCAGUCCUAUGCUUUUGGGCUCAUGGGUCAGCGCCUGGGGAAGCGCGUGCGCGUGCUCAUGAUGACCGCGCUGCUGCGCCAGGAGGUGGGCUGGUUCGACCAGGAGUCCAACAACAGCGGCGUGCUGACCAGCAAGCUGUCCACCGACGCCCUGGCGGUCAAGGGCCAGUUCGGCGACACCAUGGGACUCCUCACCCAGAACCUGGUGACCUUCAUCGGCGGGUACGCGCUGGCCUUCAGCCACGGCUGGAAGAUGACGCUGGUGGUGACGUCGGUGGUGCCGCUGAUCGUGGCGGCGGCCUGGAUCCAGACCAAGUACAUCAAGGACGCGGCGACGCGCGAGGACGGCGCCUUCGCCUACUCCAACCAGACCGCGCAGGAGGCGGUGGGCAACAUCCGCACCAUCGCCGCCUUUGCCAUGGAGCGCGGCGUGACCGACCUGUACGAGGGCCAGCUGGUGGAGCCGACACACCAGGCCAAGCGCCGCGGCCGCUCCGGCGGCCUCGGCUUCGGCUUCUCCCAGUUUGUGCUCUUCGGCGCCUACUCCCUGGCCUUCUGGUACGCCGGCCUGCUGGUGUCGCGCGGCGAGUCCACCCUGGAGGAGGUGCUCAGCGUGUUCUUCGCCAUCUUCCUGGCUGCCUUUGGCGUGGCCCAGAGCCAGAUGUUCUUCCCCGACGUGGCCAAGGGCCGCGCCGCCACCGAGCGCGUCUUCGCCAUCGUGGACCGUGUCCCCGCGAUCGACGCCUCCGACCCGUCUGGCGACCGCAUCGCCGACUGUGCGGGCACCAUCGAGCUGGUGGACGUCAGCUUCGCCUACCCCCUCCGCCCCGACGCCCUCGUCUUCCGCGACUUCUCCCUCUCCGUCCCCGCCGGCCGCGUCGUGGCGCUGGUGGGCGAGUCCGGGUCAGGCAAGUCCACGGUCGUGGGUCUCGUGGAGCGCUUCUACGACCCCCUCUCCGGCUCGGUGCGCCUGGACGGCCGCGACCUGCGCGAGCUCAACCUGAAGUGGCUGCGCUCCGUGGUGGGCCUGGUCAGCCAGGAGCCCGUGCUCUUCACCAUGUCAGUGGCCGACAACAUCCGGUAUGGCCGCCCCGACGCCAGCAUGGAGGAGGUGGAGGCCGCCGCCCGCGCCUCCAACGCACACAAGUUCGUGGCGCGCCUGCCAGAGGGCUACCACACCCUGGUUGGCGAGGGCGGCAUCCAGCUCAGCGGCGGGCAGAAGCAGCGCAUCGCCAUCGCGCGCGCCGUGAUCAAAGACCCCAAGGUGCUGCUCCUGGACGAGGCCACCUCGGCCCUGGAUGCCGAGAGCGAGGCGGUGGUGCAGGAGGCGCUGGACCGCCUCAUGGCCAACCGCACCACCAUUGUGGUCGCACACAGGUUGAGCACCAUCCGGCACGCAAACAGCAUCGCCGUGGUGUACAAGGGCGUGAUCGUGGAGAGCGGGACGCACGACGAGCUCAUGGGCCGGCACCACGGCGCCUACGCCAGGCUGGUGCAGCAUCAGCUGACUGGGCUGAGCGGCUAG